AUGGAAGGAGCGGGCCUGGCUCUGUACUGGACGCUCUGGCCGCUGCUACUCGCCCCCUUCCCCGGAGGCGCCCACGACGACUGGAUGUGGCUGGGGGUCCCGUCGUUGGGGGCCCCGGAGCAGCUGGGCUGUGGCCACCUGUGGCUGAGCGUGCGGCAGCGGGAGCUGUGCCAGAAGCAGCCGGCCCUGCUGGGCAGCGUGCGGGCCGGCGCCCGGCUGGCCGUCCGCGAGUGCCGCCGCCAGUUCCGCCACGAGAGGUGGGACUGCCCCCUCGGAGCCCCCGGCCCGCCCCGGCGCCCCUUCGGACACCAGCUCGCCAGCGGCACCAAGGAAACAGCAUUUAUUUAUGCAGUGACUGCAGCAGGUCUGGUCCAUGCAGUGACCAGGUCUUGCAGCGCCGGAAACAUGACAGAGUGCUCCUGUGACACCAGCUUACAGAACGGCGGCUCCGCCAGCGAAGGCUGGCACUGGGGCGGCUGCUCGGAUGACAUCCAGUAUGGGAUGUGGUUCAGCAGGAAGUUUCUGGAUGGCCCAACCAAGAACCUGACGGGAAAGGACGGGAAAGGACUGCAGGCCAUGAACCUACACAAUAACGAAGCUGGGAGGCGGGCCGUGGCCAAGCUGAUGUCGGUGGAGUGCCGCUGCCACGGGGUCUCCGGCUCCUGUGCUGUGAAAACGUGCUGGAGAACCAUGUCUCCCUUUGAGAAGAUCGGUCAUUUCCUCAAGGACAAGUAUGAGAACAGCAUCCAGAUCUCCGAAAAGGUGAAGAAGAAGAUGCGCAGGAAGGAAAAGGACCAGCAAAAAAUACCGAUUCCCAAGGACGAGCUCCUCUACAUGAACAAGUCCCCCAACUACUGCGUGGAGGACCGCAGGUUGGGAAUCCCGGGGACUCGAGGCAGAGAAUGCAACCGCACGUCGGAGGGAGCGGACGGGUGCAAUCUCCUCUGCUGUGGACGGGGCUACAACACUCAUGUGGUCCGGCACGUGGAGAGGUGUGAAUGCAAGUUUGUCUGGUGCUGUUACGUCCACUGUAGGAGGUGUGAGAGCAUGACGGACGUCCACACGUGCAAGUGACAAAAGACUCCCUAAGGACCCAAGAAAUUCUAUUACUGGUCAGACCAGUGAUCCUCCCAGUUCGGUGCCCCUGACAGUUGGAUCCUUGGAGGAACAGUGUGAUGGCUGCCCUACUGGGCAUCUGCGAUAGAUCACAGA